GUGAAUGAACGUUAUCAUCGUUGUUCCUUCAUCACUGUAGUCAAAGAACAAGGCUUUUUCUGAGACUUGAAUUGAAUUCCAACAAUAACAAGAACAACAAAAACCAUGGCUUUCUCAUCUCGUUUUCAAGAAUCUCUUACCAGAACUGCACUUCGAGCCUACCUUGCUGAGUUCAUCUCCACUUUCUUCUAUGUCUUCACCGUCAUUGGCUCCGGCAUGUCUUCCAGGAAGUUGAAGGGUGAAGCAACAAUGGAGGCAGCGAGUCUGGUGGUUGCAGCCAUAGCCAAUAGCUUGGCUUUAUCUUCAGUACUGUUUAUGGCUUGGGACGUUUCAGGAGGACAUGUGAACCCUGCAGUGACCUUUGCAAGGGUUGUUGGAGGCCAUAUGAACGUAUCAACAGCUCUCUUCUAUUGGAUUUCUCAGAUGAUUGCUUCUGUCAUGGCCUGCCUUCUCCUCAAGAUCACUCUUGUUGGAAUGCACGUCCCAACAUACGCAAUAGCACCACAAAUGACAGGUUUUGGGGCAUCCAUAGUGGAAGGAGUUCUUACAUUUGCAUUAGUCUACACUGUGUAUGCUGCUAGGGACCCUAGGCGUAGUGGUCAACUGGGGUCAACAGGUGCCCUAGCCAUCGGCAUGAUGGCCGGAGCUGAUGUCCUAGCUGCCGGUCCCUUCUCCGGUGGGUCGAUGAAUCCAGCUUGCGCCUUUGGGUCGGCCGUCAUAGCCGGCACCUUCAAGAACCAAGCAGUGUAUUGGGUUGGACCAUUAAUUGGUGCUGCUGUUGCUGCUCUUGUUUAUGACAGUGUAGGGUAUCCUUCUCAGAAUGCUGAUUCAUUUGUAGAAGCAGAUAGGGUGUGAAUUAAGCUGUUAAAGUAAUGAAGUUUAAUGUAGAAGACAUAUUUAUAUUAUUUGUAGUGAUAUUAUUAUUAAUUAGUUGCUAGAGUUUAUAUUUGCAAGUGUG